UAUUUUAAUUUAGUGAAUUUGUCUGCCCAAAGGGGAUAGUUUUCUAAUAUUGAAAUAUUUUCUUGCCCUGCCCAAAGGGGGGCUACUUGUUGAUGCUGCGGGACUCAUCGUUGUGAUAAAUUAUUGACCUUAUGCCUUGCUGUUCUAAUAAACCCAUUCAUGUUGUGUUGUGUACAGUUACGAUUUCUAUGAACAACAAUAAUGCUGAAGUUGUGGUCCUGUCGGGCUCCAACUUUAAGAGAUGGAAGGAAGAUCUUGAAUUUGCUUUAGGCAUGGCUGACAUAGAUCAGGCUUUGCGUGAAAAUGAGCCACCAGCUCUUACUGACUCUAGCACUGCUGCUCAAAAGGAACAUUAUGCUAGGUGGGAGAGAUCUAAUAGGCUAUGCAUCCUUGCCUUUAAGAGAUCAAUUGCUGAGCACCUCAAGAGUGGCUUGCCUGAAACCACCAAUGCUAAGAAAUUUCUUGCCCAAGUUGAAGAAAGGUACCUUGUAUCCAAUAAGGCUGAGACCGGAGAUCUAAUGAGUAAACUCGCGGGGAUAAAGUAUGACAAUUCUGGGGGGGUUAGAGAUCAUAUACUUAAGAUGGUCCACAUCCAGUCGAAACUAAAAGCUCUUGACAUAACUCUUCCUGAUCCUUAUAUUGUUCACUCUGCACUUAACUCCUUACCUGCUGAGUUUAGCCAAAUGAAAACUGCCUAUAAUACUCAAAAUGAAGCUUGGUCAAUCAAUGACCUUAUCUCUAAAUGUGUUGUUGAAGAAGAGAAAAUUAGAAGAGAGAAGGGUCAGAUAGCCUUGUUUGUUUCCCAUGAUUCCAAAGCUAGCUCUAGUAAGGGGCCUAGGAAGUUUCAAAGAUCUAAUAAUCAUACUUUUAAGAAGGGUCAGGACACCAAAAGACAUGGUAAAGAUCAGACCGAAUAUCCUGGGGUUAAUAACGCGGUUUUUAAGAAAAAUAAUAAUUGCUUCUUUUGUAAGAAACCUGGUCACAAGCAAAGAGAUUGUGUCAAAUUCCAUGCCUGGAUAAAAAAGAAGGAGUCAAAAGAAGGGGUUCACAAACAAAAGGAAGCCAAAGGAAACGGAGUCAAAAAUUAGAGUCGCCACAGAUGUCCAAGUUGAAGUAGAGUUUAUAGGAACAGUAGUUUUAGACUUAGAAACUGGUUUUAAACUUGUUCUGGAAAACACUUUUUAUGUACCGUCUUUCAGACGGAAUUUGAUUUCUCUUCCUCUUUUAGAUAGAGUUGGUUUUGGUUUUAGUUCUCUCAAUGGAAAAGUUAAUUUGCUUCUGAA